AUAAACUCAAACCCCAAUGGGAACCGCGAUGUCGGAGAGCAACUAUGACGCGAUUGGCUCCUUGCGCUGAUCUACGGCAUCAUCCCCGGAGACAUAGGGCGUAGUCCUCGAUUAACCAACCGGAAGUAUUAUAUUCACCCCGGUAUCCAUCGUGACCCUCCUUUUGUCGAUGUAUAGAGCUAGACGUAGGUUUAAACAAGGUAGGUAUAAGUGAAGCUUAGAUGCCGCCUCAUAGAUAGCAACCUACCUACUAUUAUUUCUAUAUGUACUCGUAACUUACGUGACAUGACUCCCUAAGCAAUGACUACCCAAGAAAUUCAGCUAGAAGACCUCUCGGUAUCCGAGGUAGGCCACCUUUCUACCCCUGGGUCAGAAGAAGAUGGCAGUAGACCAGCAGAACCUCUCCCAACCCAGACCUCGCCGUCCGUUCAGCUAGCUGACCGCGGCAAGGCCGCCUACCUUGUGCUAUCCGGUUGCGUGCUGAUCCAGGCGCCUAUAUGGGGAUACUCGCUCGCCUUCGGUAUCUUCCAGGAGUACUAUACCACUCACGGGACUGCCGUGCUCCCCGACGGUCCCGGCACCCCCGGCACAAUCGCCAGCAUCGGCACCGCCCAGACGGGCAUCUUGUACCUGAUGAUGCCAGCGACUUUCAUACUUCUAACACGGUACCCGUAUCUACGGCGCUGGUGCGGUCCCCUCGGGCUUCUCAUCACCACCGCCUGCCUUAUCGCGUCAUCCUUCGCAACCUCGGCGCGCCAACUAAUCGCCACCCAGGGGGUCUUGCACGCCAUUGGAUGCGGUCUGCUGUUCAGCCCUACGUCGCUGUGUCUCGACGAGUGGUUCUCGGAGCGCAAGGGGCUUGCGUACGGCGCCAUGUGGGCGAGCAAGAGCACCGUCGGGGCUGGUAUGCCGUUUCUAACGAACGCGUUGCUUAAUCGGUUCGGCGUCGGUACUACCCUGCGUGCCUAUGCCGUCUCGUCAGCUCUCCUCACGAUCCCGCCGUUAUUCCUCAUGCGCGAGUACCCUGCCGCAAGUAGCCGUGUCAAUACCACCACUGUAUCAGAAGAGCACGGGCGACAAGGACGCCAAAGGCAAGGUCAUGUCUCCUUCGCUUUUGCCCGACACUCUAUCUUCUGGAUCCUGCAGUGCGGCAACAUCCUACAGUCGCUCGGCUACCUCAUGCCCUCUACAUACCUCGCCUCAUACGCAUACGCGCUGGGCUUCCCCUCCAUAACAGGCCCCAUCUUCCUUGCACUGAUCUCUUUAGCCUCCGUGCCGGGUUCGCUCCUGAUCGGGCUUCUGAACGAUACCGGACUUGCACCCACGACCGUGAUCCUGAUCUCGUCCCUCGGCAGCGCACUGGCCGUCUUCCUCCUCUGGGGUUUGGGCGGGCACCAAGUUGCGGUUUUAGUUGUCUUCACCAUCAUGUACGGUUUCUUCGCCGGCGGUUUUAGUUCCACCUGGUCCGGUAUCCUGCAAGAGAUGAAGCGCCGCGACGGCGCCAUCGACACGGGUUUGAUUUUUGGGAUGCUGCUUGGCGGCCGGGGUCUCGGCUUUGUCCUUAGUGGUCCUAUAGGCGGAGCUUUGCUCGAGGCGAACCGGUUGAAGACCGAGGAUUUCUCGGGGUACGCCACGCAGUAUGGUCCUAUGAUCAUCUAUACUGGGCUAACCGCAACCCUCGGUGCUUGGGGUUGGUUCUGGACGAUGGGGAAACGAGCUAUGAGAGCCCUAUAAUAAGACUCGAUAAAUCAUACCAGGGUACCUGUUAUCUAGAUUUAUACCUACAAAUGACGGUCAGUCAUACAUAGCUACAAUACAUAUCGCCGAG